UACUCUCUACUCCUUGGGAGUAGCCGGGAAGCAGAGCGGCUGAGUUUAGUGCUCAAGACUGUUCCAAUAUGGCUCGCUACGAAGUACUUGCAACGUUGCUGCUUACAAUCCUUUUCCGGCGAUCCGUCGCUCAGCUCAGUCCCUCUUUCUACAACUCGUCUUGCCCCACCGUAGAGACCGUCGUGACAAAUACUCUCCAGCAGGCAAUGCAGAGCGAUGUUCGAAUUGCUGCCUCGCUUCUCCGGAUGCAUUUCCACGACUGCUUCGUAAAUGGCUGCGAUGCGUCAUCUCUCCUGGACGACACUGCGAAUUUCACAGGGGAGAAAACGGCAGCUCCAAACAACGCCUCGCUCCGAGGCUUCGAUGUCAUCGACCAGAUUAAGUCGCAGGUUGACAGCGUCUGCAACAACACCGUCUCCUGUGCCGACAUCCUCGCCAUCGCAGCCAAGGCGGCAGUAGUCCUGAGCGGAGGACCAUCCUGGACGGUCCAGCUGGGAAGGCGAGACAGCACCACAGCAAACUUCUCCCUCGCGCAGGCCAACAUCCCGCCGCCAACAUCCACGAACGCUCAGCUCAUUGCGGCGUACCAGAAUGUGGGGCUCUCGACGCUGGACAUGGUGGUCUUGUCCGGCGCGCACACCUUCGGCCGGGCUCGCUGCACCACUUUCUCCAACAGGCUCUUCAACUUCAGCAACGGGCAGCCCGAUCCCCGGAUCAACUCAACGUACCUGCCGACCCUCCAGCAGAUCUGUCCCAACGGGGGCAACGGCAGCGUGGUGGCCAACUUCGACCCCGUCACCCAGGACACUUUCGACAACCAGUACUACGCCAAUGUGCUCAAUGGCCAGGUCCUGCUCAACUCGGACGCCGAGCUCCUCAACGGCACCACCGCGGCGCUUGUCAGCAACUUCAGCACCGAUCAGACGAGCUUCUUCAACAAUUUCGCGGUGUCCAUGGUGAACAUGGGGAAUUUGCAGCCGCUCACCGGCAGCCAGGGCGAGAUCCGGAGCAACUGCAGGAGAACCAACUGAUUGAUCGAACAGUGACAAACCAAUCCAUGCUUGCGAGCGACGGUCUCUUCUAUUCUUUCCCUCCUCCGCGAGAUCUGCCGCGAAUAAGCUUUGCUUUCGAAAAUUUAAAUCUGACGAAUAUUCGCCCGA